AUGCAAGAGUUUGGUGUCAUCCAAUAUAUAUAUUGGCAGCUGCUAAUGGCAUCUGAUCUAAGUUCGGGGUUGUCCAAGGAAACGUCUGUUUUUGGGUUGAAAGCAUGGGAAUUAAUGGGGAUACUAGUUGGGUUGUUCAUUAUAAUCAUUCUUGUGGUGGUAUCGAUAUGUCUUACUUCUCGAAAGAAAUCUAGAAGAGUCAAUGGCAUGCUUCCCCUUAGCCAUAUGUUAUCUGUCUCAGAUGAGAUCAAGGAAAUUAGAGUCGAUCACGUUUCAUCCAAUAAUCAUCCUCAGAAUGGAGCUUUUAUGAGUCUGUAUGACAGGUUUAGCGACAGGGACUCUGAAAAGGUUUUGAUCCAACCAAAGAAUGGGGAAAAUAGCAGUCAAUCGGGCUCAUUUGUUCAUCUUAAGAAAGAUGAUGGUGGCUCUCAAUCUGGUGAAGAAAGUGGUGCCAAGUCUGUUUCUACUUACAGGUCUUCUUCGCAUCCCAUAACUGCACCGUCUCCCUUGUCUGGUCUGCCUGAAUUCUCUCACCUUGGAUGGGGACACUGGUUCACAUUAAGGGACCUAGAACUUGCAACAAACAGGUUUUCGAAAGACAAUGUUAUUGGUGAAGGUGGAUAUGGAGUUGUUUAUCAAGGCCAGUUAAUCAAUGGGAGUCCCGUGGCUGUUAAGAAGCUACUCAAUAAUCUAGGACAAGCUGAAAAGGAAUUUAGAGUGGAAGUUGAGGCUAUUGGCCAUGUGCGACACAAGAAUUUGGUUAGACUUUUGGGCUAUUGCAUUGAAGGGACUCACAGGUUGUUGGUUUAUGAGUAUGUUAACAAUGGCAAUUUAGAGCAAUGGCUUCAUGGAGCCAUGCGGCAGUAUGGUUUUCUUACUUGGGAUGCUCGGAUUAAAAUUCUUCUUGGAACAGCUAAAGCACUAUCUUACUUGCACGAGGCAAUUGAGCCAAAAGUUGUACAUCGAGAUAUUAAAUCAAGCAAUAUUCUAAUUGAUGAUGACUUCAAUGCCAAAAUAUCUGACUUUGGGCUGGCAAAGUUACUCGGUGCUGGAAAAAGUCAUAUCACAACUCGAGUAAUGGGGACUUUUGGAUAUGUGGCUCCAGAAUAUGCCAAUUCUGGCUUACUAAAUGAGAAGAGCGAUGUUUAUAGCUUUGGGGUAUUGCUCCUGGAAGCAAUCACCGGAAGGGACCCUGUGGAUUAUAGCCGACCAGCUGCUGAGGUUAAUUUGGUUGACUGGCUCAAGAUGAUGGUUGGGAAUAGGCGCGCAGAAGAGGUGGUAGACCCUAACAUUGAGACCAGGCCAUCAACAAGUUCCCUUAAACGUGCCCUUUUGACUGCUUUGAGGUGUGUUGAUCCAGAUUCUGAGAAAAGACCAAAGAUGAGUCAAGUUGUCCGCAUGCUUGAAUCAGAGGAAUAUCCCAUACCCCGAGAGGAUCGAAGACGCCGGAAGAGUCAAGCAGGAAAUAUGGAGGUGGAGGCCCAGAAGGAGGUUUCUGAUACAGAGAAGAGUGACAAUCCAGAUUCAACUUCCAAUGGCAGAAGGAACCAAAAGAAGUAG